UCCCAUUCAUGCACAGCGUAUAGCAGUCACCGCCGACAGCCAGGCCGUGCAACAUCCUCGUCAAAACAGAAAGCUCUUCUCCCUCAGACUGAUAGAAAGGGCUGUGACCCUGCACAGUAGUAGCCACCAUGGCAGAAGCUCAUCAGGCGGUGGCAUUCCAGUUCACCGUCACCCCAGAUGGCAUUGACCUCCAGCUGUGCCACGAGGCUCUACGCCAGAUCUACCUCUCUGGCCUCCACUCCUGGAAGAAAAGAUUCAUUCGCUUCAAGAAUGGCAUAAUGACCGGCGUGUACCCGGGCAGCCCUGCUGGCUUUAUGGUAGUGGUUGUGUCCUACAUGUCCUACAAUAAAUAUAAUCAGCUGGAUCCCUCUCUGGGGUUGAUUGCCAAGCUGGGUCAACACAUACCCAUCAGUCGGUACAUGUCCACAGACAGCCAGAGGAUAGUCGGAGGAGUUCUGGUGGGCACGGGCCUGUGGGUCACCAUAAUCAUGAUUAUGAGGAAUGUCCUUAAGUGCCUGCUGUCUUGGCACGGCUGGAUGCACUCUCGCCAUGGCUCCGUGUCCUGGUCAACUCGUCUGUGGAUGAUAUUAGUGAAGAUUUUCUCUGGCAGGAAGCCAAUGCUCUACAGUUUCCAGAACUCUCUGCCACGGCUACCUCUUCCCUCUAUCAAGAACACCUGCCGAAGGUACCUGGAGUCUGUGCGCCCGCUCAUGGACGAUGAGCAGUAUGAACGAAUGACUGCCUUGGCUAAAGACUUUGAGAAGAACCUGGGACCCAGACUGCAGUGGUACCUCAAACUCAAGUCCUGGUGGGCCUCCAACUAUGUCAGUGACUGGUGGGAAGAGUAUAUUUACCUGAGAGGCCGUGGGCCCAUCAUGGUCAACAGCAACUAUUAUGCCAUGGACUUCCUAUAUGUUUUCCCCACCUCCAUCCAGGCUGCAAGGGCAGGUAAUGCCAUCCAUGCUAUCAUGCUCUACAGAAGAAAACUGGACAGAGCUCAGAUCAAACCAAUAUACUUGUUGGCGAACAAGGUUCCUCUGUGUUCGGCUCAGUGGGAGCGGAUGUUUAACACCACCCGCGUCCCUGGUUUGGAGACAGACACCAUUCAGCACAUGAACGAGAGCAAACACAUAGCUGUGUACCAUAAGGGCCGUUUCUACAAGGUGUGGAUGUUUUAUGACGGACGGCUGCUGUUGCCACGGGAGAUAGAGCAGCAGAUGGAAAGGAUCUUGGCCGACAAGUCAGAGCCAAUGCCUGGAGAGGAGAAACUGGCUGCACUUACUGCAGGGGAAAGGACCCCAUGGGCCAAGGCUCGUGAAACCUUCUUCAGCCGCGGUAAGAACAAGCAAUCUCUGGACGCUAUUGAGAAGGCAGCCUUCUUUGUAACCCUCGAUGACACCGAGCAGCGCUUCGAUGCCAGCAACCCAGUCAAGUCUCUGGACAGUUAUGCCAAGUCCCUGCUUCACGGAAAGUGCUAUGACAGGUGGUUUGAUAAAUCCUUUAACCUGAUCGUUUUCAAGAACGGCACCAUGGGACUGAACGCAGAGCACUCCUGGGCUGAUGCUCCAAUCAUUGGCCAUCUCUGGGAGCACGUUCUUUCCAUGGACCCUGUUAAGUUGGGAUACACUGAGGAGGGUCACUGCAAUGGAGAGCCCCACCCCAACCUGCCAGGUCCUCAGAGGCUGUCGUGGGACAUCCCUGCUGAGUGCCAGGAGGCCAUCGACAGCUCGCUGUCAGUCGCCAGGACUCUGGCCGAUGAUGUGGACUCUCAUAUUUUCCCCUUUAAUGACUUUGGCAAAGGACUGAUUAAGAAGUGCCGCACCAGUCCCGAUGCCUUCAUUCAGAUCGCCCUGCAGCUGGCUCACUACAGGGACAAAGGGAAGUUCUGCCUGACGUACGAAGCCUCCAUGACGCGUCUGUUCCGUGAGGGCCGAACAGAAACUGUGCGCUCCUGCACCAUGGAGACUUGUGCCUUUGUUCGUGCCAUGAUCAGAGAUGAGACAAGAGAAGAGCGUCUCAAGUUGCUCAAACAGGCGGCAGAGAAGCACCAAAACAUGUACCGCCUGGCGAUGACAGGAGAGGGCAUCGAUCGCCACCUUUUCUGUCUCUAUGUGGUGUCUAAAUACCUGGGAGAGGACUCACCCUUCCUCAAGGAGGUCCUGUCUGAGCCAUGGAGGCUGUCCACCAGUCAGACGCCUCUGCAGCAGCUCGAGUUGUUUGAUUUGGUCAAACACCCUGAGUAUGUGUCCUCUGGAGGUGGAUUUGGUCCAGUGGCUGACGAUGGUUAUGGCGUCUCCUACAUCAUCGUUGGCGAGAACCUCAUCAACUUUCACAUCUCCAGCAAACACUCGAGCCCAGAAACCGACUCUCACCGUUUUGGCGCCAACAUCAGACAGGCCAUGCUUGACAUGCUGGAUCUCUUCCAGCUCGACAAGAAAACCAAGUGAUCAACCUCUCCAUGAGUGGAAUAAUCAUACAUUUUUAGCAUUAAAUGUAUUCUUCCUGAAGCUUGUACAGAAUCAAAUAUUAGAUUUUUGGGGUUAUUUUUAAGUUAAUUGAUGUUACAGAAAUAAGGAUGAUUAUUUGUCGAUAUGUUUGUGAGGCGUUUAUGUGUACUGUAUGUAUGGGCAAGGUGAGAUUCUGGUGUUACUGGGUACAGAUAGUGCACAGAUCAAAGUUUUUAUUCACAGGACUGUUUGCACAGGUGCCUUAGUGAAAAGGGCAGAAAGGGAGGGAAAUUUAGAGCUCAAGUCUGAUAUCAAGUCUGUGUUACCACACUGAGAGACAUUUCAGCUAAAGGAUUGUUAAGUAGCAUCAUCCAAUAUUUGAAUUUUAAGUUGAGAGAUGGUGCAAUAUUUUUACUAUCAUUACUUUUACUUUGUCCCAAUUAUGAAAAUCUUACAAUUUUUUAGGUUUCUUUUGGUCUUUCCGAUUGCAGCACCUGAAUCAUUUGUAACUGGCCAAAGCAGCAAACGGGAUGUUGAAUAUCAUCAACAAAUUGCAUGUUGCAUGGCGUCCGUUAAUUUCAUAUGAGCCUGCUCGGCUGUUGCAUCCAGUAAUCUUACAGCUGCGGAGGCAAGAAGGGAUAAAACAGUUGAUGAAUAAAUAAGCAAAUUACAAAUAUCCAGCUUUCAUCUGUAAAGUAGCUCUGUGUCAGUGUGAUCCUAGACACCAACACAGAAGAAAGGGAGCUACUUUCUAAUCACUAGAUCAACACUGCCUUUGUGGCUUGUUUGAUUAGUCCUUUUAGCUGCUAUUAUUUAAUGACGUAGCGACAAAGGCAGAUCAUUUUUAUGUGUGCGAGUGUUUGUCAUUUUCAUACUCAGGUUUUAUUUUUUUAACUUGACCCAGUACAGGGUGCUGGAGGCAACAUUGGAAGAUUAGCGCUUGCGUUGCCGUGUUAAUGUGCAACAGAAGAAGAAGAAAUUGAGAUGCAGUACAAUGUGACCCUGGUGAGCUGGUGGGUAGUUAAACUUUAAGUUUGCUGUGGAAGUGAGGGACAUGCAGGACGGGCUGUGUGUCUGACACAGCGUGUGACCGACAGUGACUUUUUCUGUUUGUUGUGUUAAAAAAAAGAGUGGGUUAACUGUACUUAAACUCUGUUGUGCACUCUCUGACUGGUCCUUGAGUUUAAACUACCCAAUUCCUAACUACCUUGGUAGCCUUUUGUCAGAUCAAGAUGAAUUGUAAACUUUUAUGAGCAAACUGUCAAGUUGUCAGUCACAGCGUAGUGGUAUUGCAGCUGUCAAUAUAAGGUGCAGAAUCGCUUAAUAGGUUGUGUUUUCUCUGCAGUACAGUAGGAACUCAGUGUUUUUCUCAGAGUAACGCUUUGGAAGUGCAGAUAUAAAGGGGCUGUUUCUAUGAUAGGAAUGCAUUUCUGUUGUUAUUAUUAUGUAUAUGUUGUCAGUUCACCACAUUAUUUAUUUUUCCAUGUUUUAACCUUUUUAUUCACAAAACAAAUGUGCAUAUUUUCCAGCUGAAUGCACAGAUGAUGAGCACUAAGUUAAAGCUUUACUGAUUUUAAGAACAGACAAAAAUACUUCCUUUUUUUUGUUUUGUUUUGUUUGACACAUCAGUUUUGCUAUCACAGACUUUGCCAGUACGAUGUAGUUUUUUGACUUUUUAUUUCAGUAGACCUCAUGUUUACACUGCUGCAUGGUUUUUGAAGAUGGAGCUGUAUAUGUUUGCCUUUUAAUUUAAAGAUGGUGUUAAAAAAAAGGAAAAAAAAGAAAAAAGACAAGCAGCUGAUAUACCAAAACAAGUUUUAACAAUAAAGUGAAUGUCAGACAGCUGUA